GCACCACAAGUUGAGACUUCCACGACAUCUGCGCUAGCAUGGUCUUCUCCAAGGAACCCCCGAUGCAGGGCUUCAAGCCCAAAAACAAACUGCGCCGGCAGAGCGCCCACCUCGCGCAGAAAAAGUCGAAAGAGGCUGCGAAAAGAGACGAGCGAUUCCGCAGAAAACGGGAAGAGGCCAAGAAUCCCUCGCUGCGAGAAGAGCGGCAGCGCGUAAACCAGCCCGUCACCAUCGAAGCUAAGCGGAAGUUCGACACCGAUGUCGUAGGCGACGAGGAGGAUGCUUUGAAUUGGGCGAUAGACGUGGAACGUCUGGCGAAAAAGCGCAAGCUUGAGCAAGAGGCUGCUGAGCGGGGAGACAAUGUCGAGGGAAACGGCGAGGAGGGCUUGCUGGAGAAGCUGAAGAAGCGCGACGCAGAGGGCAAUGAAGUAGAAGACGACGAGGAAGAGGACGAGGCAGACAGCAUGUUGGACUCGGAAUCCGAGUGUGAAGACGACUCAUCGGACACAGAGGCUGUCUCAUCACGGACGAAGCGGAAAUCGGAACGAGCCGCAAGCCCUGCCAUGUCUACCACGACCAACGCGACCGCUGCAACGAAUCUUGACAUCUCACCAGAUUUCUUGAAACAAAAGUUUCCUGCAGUCUUCAACCCGGCAGAAACGCCGAAGAUACUAGUCACAACAUCUAUCAACUCAACCCUUCACAACGAGGCCGAGAUCUUGGCCUCUUUUUUUCCUAAUGCCGACUACGUUCGUCGUAGCGCGCAUGCUCAUGCGCACAAGUAUUCUGUGCGCGAGAUAGCAAAGUUCGCCAGUAAUCGCGAAUAUACUGCCCUUGCUAUACUAAUGGAGGCUCACCACGCGAAAGUGCCCGACGGCCUCGACAUCGUGCUUCUCCCAGAGGGUCCGCACUUCCACUUUUCCAUAAGCAAUUGGGUCGAAGGAAAGAAGCUUCCUGGACAUGGCAAAGAUCAGGGUUUCCAUCCUGAGCUAGUACUGAAUGGCUUCCGGACACCCCUAGGUCUCUUGACAGCCCAUCUUUGGCGAGGCCUCUUUCCCGCACAGCCCGAACUGCAAGGUCGCACUGCCGUGACGCUACACAACCAGCGAGAUUACAUCUUCCUGCGCCGCCACAGAUACGUAUUCCGUGAGAAGCGCGCAACGGAGAAGCAAGUCCUAGACGCAAAUGGAAAGCCCUUGAAGGGAGUGGAAGACAUCAGGGUUGGAAUGCAGGAAAUCGGGCCUAGAGCUACACUCAAGUUGAGGCGAAUCGAUAGGGGCAUACAGUUCAAGAGUGGCCAAGAAUGGCAAUGGAAAGCGCAUGCCGAGAAGGAGAGAACGCGCUUCAACAUGUAGAUGGCUGGCAGGUACUACUUUGGGCAUGGAAUACCACAGCUCCUGCAAUCAUGUUCGAGACCCCUGGUGCCGCUCCAAUCUGUCCUACAAACAUUACACGUCACUCAAUGUUCUG